UGUGGUUGUAGCGUGUCUGUCUCGAGCGCUUGUGCUGCUCGCGGUCUGCGUCUCCAAGUCGUGCCUUUCUGCAGUUCUGCGUUCCUUACCUUGUGUCUCUCUGCUCUGCGGCGUCUUGGAACGUAGCAGCUUCCUCAGCAGCGGAGCCAAGGCUGUGCUGCUGUGCUGUUCAGCCUGGGCCUUGGAACUGCGCUGACGGCUGAAGCUCUGGGGAAAGAGUGGGGGAGCGGUGGGGCAUGGUAUUUUCUUUCAGAAGGAAGGCAUCUGGAAAUGUCUUCAGGUGGAGCGAGCUUUUAGCUGUGGGUGUGGAGGCAGCACUGAGUAUUUCAUGGUGAAUUGGGUGGAAUGGAUCUUGAGAGGCUUGAAAAGUGAAAACUGAAAGAGGCUUUUUCACAGCACAGAGCUAAGCCAGAAACAUGGAGAGAAAGUGUGAUGAAAUGAUAAAGUUAAUUUGGAAAAAUGGUCUGAACAGAUGGAGGUGUGAGCAUGUGGGCUUGUCUGGAUGGGCUUGACAGGAAGAAGCUCAGCUAUGUGAUGGCGUGAAGUUGGUGUUAUUUCAACUGGACAGAUAGAAAUGAAAGGCCAUUGAAAUGGCCAAAAUGAAAGGUCAAAAACAUAACUUGCCUGCAAUUCCUUUAUAUCAUUGCUAAGGCAGGUGCAGUGCGAGCUUGUAGCUGUAUCUGUGUUAGAAAUCACUUUUUCUGUUUUUCAGGGCAAGGAAGAUAGGUCAGUAGUGGUGUAGCUGUAUGGGUUGUGCUAUGUAGAAGCACACACUGCUACUGCUCUGAGCAGGGUGGAGAGGCUGGCUAGUAGAAACACAUGCACUGAGGCUGUGCUGCUUGGUACUGCCAAAAUAAAGAAGUAGGAAAUGUGUGGGUUUUAGUUGUCAUAACCUCAGAAUAUAUUUCUUGUUCUGUAUUACAUGAAGGUAGUUGGGAAUCAUGCCAGAUUGAUCCAAGGCUUCUGUGCUGUGAAUGAUAGUUUCCUGGUGGGUGUGCUGGGUGCUGUGCUGUUGUAACAAGAAAUAUGGCCUGAGCUGUUUUCAUUCCAAUGGACGAUAUGCAGAUACAGCUGUAAGGAAUGACGAAGGUCUAAAGUAGCAUGGACCUGUUAGCAUCGGUUGUAAUUGUCAACAUGAGAGUUGGCAGACUGUAAGCUGCUAAAGGGCUCAUAACAGAAAUUUGAUUGUGGUGGUUGCUUAAGCCUGGACAAAAUGCAGCCCACCACAUCCCUCCCCUCUCUGUUUUCGUUGGUGUUCUGCCCAGACUGCUGUUCCGUGGUUCCUGGUGGGGGGUUAGUGCCGGGGCUUGAACUGGGUCAGGGCACUGCCCUGCAUUUGGAUUUGUAAGCUCAUGUGCAGAUUGCAGCUUCCUCUGACAGACGAGUGCUGGGACCUGUCAUCUUAACUGCCCUGUUGCCUGGGUCCAGUACUGGCCCUGCAGGUUCAUCGUGUGUGUUCAGUGCUGGAAUUUCGCUGGCGAGUACAAGGACUGGACUACAAUCUGUACUCUUUACAAGCCAUAGGUCACUUUUAGGCAGAGGUUUAUCUGUGGUCUAUGCCAUUUUUGAAAAACUCUCCUUCAGAUUGAAGUGGUGUGCUUGCUAAGUGCCUCAGGAGGCACAGCAUGAUCCUGCUGGUCCCAGGUGUGUGCAGCUGGGGUCGGGCUGAUUACCCAGCUGGAGAUCUUCUAAACGAGGGAGACUAAUCUUAGUAGCAGCAGCAGCAGCAGCGAGCCAAGGGGUUGGAUUCAGAAAGGGGCAGUGUCUCGGGUCUUACUUAGAGCUUUCAGUAGUAUUGAUUAACAUUGGUUUGAGAUUAGCAAACUGAUGUGAUCGCAUCAUUUGUACUACCUUCUUCAGGUACAGAAUAAAUGGUUUGACAAUUAAAGGCAUACAUGAAAAUCCCACUUGGUGUUAUCCGUUUGUUUUUUAUUUAGCCAGAUAGUGUGACAGCGUAUUUUUGGUACUUCUAGACUGAAGAAAGCAUUCGUCUUUAGUUGUAUGUGAAUUAUGUAACCUUGAAAACAUUGAAGUCUGACUAAACCUCAGGCUCAAAAUGUCAGGUUUUUCUUUUUAAAUUUUUCCUGUGGAUGGUCUGACUGAAUGCUGACGAGGACACCUUCAUCUGAAUGUCACGUGUUUGAUGUGGAUCUCUGGUAUGAGUUGUGGAAUGGGGUGGUUGGGAGGUGGAUGGCUGCAUGUGCUCAUGCCUUUGUUCCUGGCUGGAUCAGCUGAUCCUGGGGCUGAUGAGAGAUAAGGCAGAUCUGCCUCAACUUCUGUCUGCCUGCCUUUCAUCUUCGAGCUACCAGGAUUCCUGCUUUGCUGAGCUUUCUGUUAGCUCCUGCUGAACAUCUUGGAUGCUCUGCAGCACAGCAGCAUAGCAGGCUGUAGGAAUCUGUGGCGGGUGCUUCUCUCUGCCCUGGGAACGGCUCUGUGCUGUCAGUGACCGCGGCAGGAUUCACUUAGCAGUGCAUGUUAAUGGCACUGACCUAUUGACAGACUGAAUGAGCCACGUGAACCUGAGAUGGGGAGUUGGCACCCGUGCUUUUGAAAUGUGGAGUGUUUUAAAGGAUAAUUAUUAAUUAUAUUUGGUGUUUUGAAAAGCCGUCACAAUGUCCUGUUAAUUUGGCACCUCUGCAACUUAGGGGCGUUUUGUGCGUCUGACUGCUGCUUUCUGCAGUUGCCCAGAAGGUCCCCGUUAGCAAAAUGCAGUUUCCUGUUUCUGUCCUUGACAUCUAGAAAACAUAAUUGCAUGAAGCGAAAAGAAAAAACCAUUUGUACAGCCUGAUCGUCAUAGGUCAUGAAACAAGCAAAGCCUAAUAGAGCACUGGCAUGAAAGGCGGCUUUUGCUUUUCCCCCUUUGUUCCUCCAUGUGCUCAUUUGCAGAGCAGCGAAUCAUAAGCAAGAGCAUUAUUUAAUCCUUACCUCUAGCAGUCAUCUUUGUCUGUACUGCGUGCAGCCCUCCUUGAGAGAAUGUGAACCCAAGUCUCAUUUUGACAGAGUUGAGAAUGUUCACUUGCUCACGCCAUCCCUCUGGUGCUUGCUGAGCAUCGAGCAAUUUGUGCCUUGCAGGAUUUUGGCCUCUCCAUCUUUCUGGAGAGUGCGGGAAAAGUGCUAAAAUGUAGUGCUGGACAUUCAGGGGCUGGGCAGUGCGUUGAUCCCCUCCGUGCACAGAUGUGUUUGGUGUGAGAGUGCUGGCCUAGAAGCGCCGUGAGUUAGUUUAUUAGUUUUGACACUGGGAUUCGUUAGCUGAGAUUCAAUUAGAAGCACGCUGAUGGAUGUGUUGGUGUGCUGGGCAUGGCGGCUGCUUGAGAUUCAGAACCUUAGAAUUCCAGUUGGGAAAUUGUUUUGUUCGGUCUUGGGUGUGGUUUAUAUUGCUGGGCUAAAAGUGACUUUGCUCUUGAUUUGGUUUUUAAUAGGUUUCUCUCUGUUUCCAGUUAUGGUUCUAAUUAGGGUAAUGUCUCAUUUCCCAUGACAGUUCAAAAAUAGCGCAGACUGUAGAAGAGAAGCUAUCAAGAUGAUUGAGUAAUGUUUUCUUUCUCGUUUAUUGGUUUGCAACCUUUUCUCCACCUUAAUUGGCCAUGUAGGCCUAGUAGACCACAGCAGUGGUGUCUGUUUGCAUAGGUUACAGAGCGCCAGGUCCUACGUGUUCUUCUGUCAGUGUUUCCAGGGCUGUUUCCGUUCUCACCUGCCGUGUACAAACAAACUGGCUCUCAACCAGCCAGCUGUCCAUGUUCCCAUCCUAGCUGGAAGAAGCAGCACCUUGCCCCACCUCUACCUGAAUCUCAGUUUUUCAGGUGCGAGAUCUACCCUUCUCUGUCCUGCCCACUGCUUUCCCAUUGUGGCAGACCUCCUGCCCUCACACCUGGAGAAGGGCAGCAGCAUUUUCUCCAGCCCCAAAGAUUUCCUGCCAUUUGGAACUGAGGUUUAUGGCACAAGGGAUGGAUAUCUGAGUAACCUGUAGCAGACUUUGGGAGCCUGGGAGCCUUAGUUGGAGCUGUAGUCGGAGAUGAUCCAAAGCUGUCUGCAAUGGCAAGAAUGCAGAACAGAUCUGGAAUGGGUGUUGGGUAGUUGCUAGAAGUUGCUCUUUGGGAAAAGGAUGGAUCUGAGUGUGCCACAGUUGUGGAAUGUGUUCAGGCAGUCUGAGGUGGAGACUGAAUCCAAACCUGUCUCUAUGGCUGCCGACUCAGAAAGCCGUGGGGUCCCAGAGGCAGGCUGCAGUGCUCUGACCUCGCUGUGCGUAAUUCAGCGUGGCUGAGUGCAGCUGCCACCACGGCCUGCCUGCGGUUUGGUUUUUCUUUUGGAGCAUGAGUCCAGUUGUGCUUUUGCCUGAGGUGUGCUGCUUCCAUGUGUGUAGUUAUCUCUGGAGGUAUUGGUUAGGAGGGUUUGGAGCUUGGAGAUAUGACAGGGCACAGCGUUCCCUUUCUGCUGAGUAUCUGUGAUGUGCUGCAGUGAUAGAGAAGGUUAGAAUGCUGCUCAGUCUGCAGUGCUUGCCAGAAAAUUCUGAGCUUGCAGAGGAAUUGUGAGGCCAGGGUGGUGAUGUGCUUUGGUUGCAUCAGAUGUGGGGCUGAGGGGACAUGGCAAGCCAUGCAUUCUGACUGUCAGCCCCUGAAAUAGCUUGACAGUUGCAAAAGGCUCAGGGCUACAGCUGUGGCUACUGCUUUAUUGAGUAGCUUGUUUUAUAGGAAUGAUACUUUUUUUCUUUUUUCCACUGGUAUAACAGGAAGCAUUGGGCACUACUUAAUUAUAGGAAACCUUGUUUGCAUUACUAGAAAACCUUUUGCUGUGAAAGUGACCAAGGAAUGUUUUCUGGAUGUGAUUCAGGGCAAUGUGCUCUAGGGGACGCUGCUUGAAGCAGAAUGGUUGGACUUGAUGAUCCCAAAUGUUCCUUCCAACAUCUGCCAUUCUGUGGUUCUGUGAUGAGCUGCUUAUUCUGUAUCUGCCUGUGGAUGAACUUCAGCACCUUUCUUUGAAAUAGGUUUUAGGACUGGAUGGGACUUCUGGUCUGAUUUCUUAUCAAGGAUAUUCAUUAAAGCUUCUGCUUCCAGCUUGUGAGAGUUUAUUAGUGUAGGGAAGGCGUCUUUCAUGGCAGAAGCAGGCUCGGUAUUCCUUGAAGAAAGUUCAAGGUUCUUUAACUUUUUUCUUUUUUUUCUUUUCCCCUGGGUCUCUUGAUCUCUUCAGGGAGUCCAACAUGGCCCAAACAGAGAAGAAAGGUGGGCUGCUCCGGAAAUCUUCAGCCUCCAAGAAGCCACUGAAAGAGAAGGUUGUGCUGAUGUAUGAUGAGAUUUUCACGACAGAGGACCCCAGUAAAAGCAACCCUAGAUUUUGGGAGGAGCUGUUUCUCAUGAAGGUCAACCUGGAAUAUCUGGAAGGCAAGCUGGAGGCUCUGGAUGGGGAAGAGUUGAUGAAGAUAAAAGAUAACAUCAAUUGCUUGUUUCAGCACUGCAUCCAGGCACUGGGUGAGGAGCACCCAAUCAGAGUGGUCAAUGCACUACAGACUUUGUGUGCAUUGAUUCGGGGUGUCCAUCAGAAGAACAAAUCUACUUCUGGGUUUGACAUCAUCAACAUGCUUGUGGGAUUUGAUAAGGCAGAGCUUUGUAUGAAGAAUCUGAUGGAGAGCUUGGACUCACUGCUCUGUGCAGAAGGUUCUGAAAGCCUGAAAAGCUUGUGUCUGAAGCUACUCCUCUGCUUGGUGACGGUGACAGAUAACAUAAGCCAGAACACCAUCCUGGAGUACGUGAUGAUUAACAGCAUAUUUGAAGCUAUAUUACAGAUUCUGUCCAGCCCACUUAGUCGCAGGGAGCAUGGCUAUGAUGCUGUUGUCCUGCUUGCUUUGCUGGUCAACUACAGAAAGUAUGAGUCAGUGAAUCCUUACAUUGUGAAGCUCUCUAUCGUAGAUGAUGAGGCCACGCUCAAUGGAAUGGGACUUGUAAUUGCCCAGGCUUUAUCAGAGUACAACAGGCAAUACAAAGAUAAAGAAGAGGAGCACCAGAGUGGUUUCUUCUCAGCCCUAACUAAUAUGGUGGGCAGCAUGUUCAUAGCAGAUGCUGAUGAGAAGAUAUCAGUGCAAACUAAUGAAGCAAUCCUUCUGGCCCUCUAUGAAGCCGUCCACUUAAACCGGAACUUCAUUACAGUUCUGGCACAAAGCCAUCCUGAAAUGGGGCUGAUGACAACGCCAACAAGUCCAAUUCCAACAACGCCUGUCACUCCACUUGGAACCACCCCACCUUCUUCGGAUGUUAUAAGCUCUGCAGAGCUACCUUUGGAUGCUGAUGUGCAAACUAGCAACUUGCUGAUAACCUUCUUGAAGUACAGCUCCAUUGUGAUGCAGGACACAAAAGAUGAGCACCGGCUACACAGUGGCAAGCUGUGCCUGAUUAUCCUGACAUGCAUAGCAGAGGAUCAAUAUGCUAAUGCUUUUCUCCAUGAUGACAACAUGAAUUUUCGAGUAAACCUGCACAGGAUGCCGAUGAGGCACAGGAAGAAAGCAGCAGACAAGAACUUGCCCUGUCGCCCGCUGGUGUGUGCAGUGCUUGAUUUGAUGGUGGAGUUCAUCGUGACACACAUGAUGAAAGAAUUUCCUAUGGAUCUCUACAUACGGUGUAUUCAGAUUGUGCACAAGCUGUUGUGUUACCAGAAGAAAUGCAGAGUGAGGCUUCAUUACACCUGGAGGGAGCUCUGGUCAGCUUUGAUCAACUUGUUGAAGUUCCUCAUGUCUAAUGAAACCGUGUUGCUGGCUAAACACAACAUCUUCACCCUUGCUCUUAUGGUUGUGAACCUGUUCAACAUGUUCAUCACCUACGGGGACACCUUCCUCCCCACUCCCAGCAGCUAUGAUGAGCUGUAUUAUGAAAUCAUUCGGAUGCAUCAGAAUUUUGACAACCUUUAUUCUAUGGUUCUCAGGAUUUCUACCAAUGCUGGUCAGUGGAAAGAGCCUGCAAGCAAAGUGACACAUGCAUUAGUCAAUAUUAGAGCCAUCAUCAAUCACUUCAACCCGAAGAUAGAGUCUUACGCUGCGGUGAAUCACAUAUCUCAGCUCUCUGAGGAUCAGGUUUUGGAAGUGGUACGCUCCAACUAUGACACGCUGACCCUGAAGCUGCAGGAUGGACUGGAUCAGUACGAGCGUUACUCCGAGCAGCAUAAGGAGGCUGCCUUCUUCAAAGAGCUGGUUCGGUCCAUCAGCAUCAACGUGAGGAAGAAUCUUGCUUUCAACACGCUGAGCCAGGAGCUCCUGCUGAAGGAAUUCUCCACCAUCUCUUGAAGCAGAGACGCAGCCGCUGCACAGGGCUGACUAGAGAUGGGCCUGGCUGGACAGGGACACCCAUCUGCAGCCUUCCACCUGCAGAAUGGACUGCACUUCUUCCAGGGGAGAGCCUUGCUGCUGUGUGUUUGAUCCCAAAGGCGUGUGUUUCAAUGGGACUGUGGCUGAGGAGAGGUGGUCAGCCUAUGGAGGAGGAGGAAGCAAUUCUGUACCAGGGGGGUGGGCAGCUGUUUCUGUGAAGCAGCAAUGGGAGAUUCCCUCUGCAGCCUCAGGGAGGAUGAACUGGAAGCCUUCGUAGCAGAGGUGAGGAGAGCUCACAACCAAAAGAAUAAACUCACUCCAGCUGUGUGAGGCAGUGCUGGGUGGAGGUCGCUCGUCUGUUCUGUGGGAAAGUUCUCCAAGCCCUAAAAGCUGUCUGGAUCAACCGUCCCUCCUGCACCAUAGGUCAAAUCCACUGCCGUCCUGCUGGGAAAUCUGGGGGGAUGUAAGAUCAGUUCUCAGGAGAAUAGGCUCCAACUGCUGCUGGUUUCACGUCAGACUGUGUUGCUUGAACCAAACCAUCAAAUUACUGAAGAAGGAGAAAUUUUGCCUCCGAGGUCUGGUUGAGCCAGCGUGAGGGAUAUUGGCCACCAAAGUGAGUGCUGUGUAACUGGAGGCCAGCUCUGGCUGGGGUCACUGCUGCUUCCAGCAGCCCAGCACAUCUCUGCUGUUUAUAGGUUUGAGGGAAAUUUUUAGAUAUUCCACUUCCAUGGGGCAGAGGAGGGCCGUGUCCCUCCACACUCCCCUUGCUGCCCAUCAGAGACUGCAUUGUGACAAUCCUCUUCCUCACAGGAACGUCUGUCUUGCCUGUGUUUGCAAGUGCAUGGUGAGCUUCCUGAGCUGACAAGUCCCCAGUUUUUCCUUGUGUGUAUCUUGCAGCUACUGCAGUUAAAACACAGAUGCAGAAGUAGUUAAUUCACUUUCUAGCUUGUCCUUCUGUUUUCCCUAAGCAGCCUGCAGCAAACGUUCCAAGAGAAGAGCUCCAGGACGGUGCUUAGGGGCACAGGGAGACCUUUCUGCUCAGCGUGUGGAGGAGCCCAGGGAGGGCAGAACCUGUGCUGAGUGCCGUGUCGGGCUGCCAACUCAGGGAUAUGCAGCAUAAACACCUUCUCCCUGUUGUGCAUUUUCAGCUCCCACCAGUGAUGUUAGGACCUGGCUCCGUAGGUUGAACUCAAGUUGUUUGCAUCCCAGAUCUUUUUUUUUUUCUUCUAGAAAAUGAGAAGGAAAAAACAAGUGCCUCGCCCUGCCCUUAGCCUCACAGGUUGGAGUGCUUAUUCUCUGCCAGUUUUAGGCAAUGUUUAUUCAUGUCAACACAUACCAAUUACUUUCAUGUUUCAUCUUUACCUGCCGUGAGGAUGGGAAACCUAAAGCUGCGUCCUUGGCUGCAGAGCCUGCUAGGUGCUGUGUCCUCCUUGGGAGCAUCAGCUUCUCCCCACAGAGGCUGCUUGCUGCAGCACGGAGCUGGCUGGCUUCUGUCAGCUGAGCCAGAUCCCUACCUGCUGCUGUGCCGUGUGGGUGCCUGUCAGCAGGAUGCUGCUGGGCCAGCAAAUGGGCUGCAGGAAGCCACUCAGCUCGAGAGCAGGCUGGGGCAUGUGGAAGGUGCUCAUUUCUCCACUGGCAAAGGGGUAGGAAUGGUCGCUGUCUCCCUCAUGCUGUCCCCUUGCUGUGAUGAACCUGGGCCGUGGGUGGGAGCAGCUCCUGAGGUUUUCCCCACCAGAGGCUGAGCUGGGGAAGACUGCCAUGCACGUCCCCUUGUCGUAGUGUCACCACCCCAAGCACUGUACAUUGGUGUACAUAUGUACCUAGAGCUCAAUAAAUAGCAGAGCCCUGCC